GAAGUCGGGGGCGGAGCGCGCGGCGGCCGCUUCCUGCGUCUGCGCGAAGAUGGUGGAGGCGAGUCUCCGCGUGGUUCGCUGUGGCGGCAGCGAGCUGAACUUCCGGAGAGCGGUGUUCUCUGCCGACUCUAAGUAUAUCUUCUGUGUCUCUGGAGACUUCGUUAAAGUUUAUAGCACAACCACAGAAGAAUGUGUCCACAUCUUACAAGGACACAGAAAUCUGGUGACCGGAAUCCAGCUGAACCCCAACAAUCACCUACAGCUGUAUUCUUGUUCCUUUGAUGGUACGAUUAAAGUAUGGGAUUAUGUAGAUGGCAUUUUGAUAAAGACUUACAUAGUUGGGCAAAAACUUCAUGCCCUCUUUACACUUGCCCAAACUGAGGAUUCUGUGUUUGUUACAAUAAGUAACAAAAAAGAUGUAUUUCAGCUGGUUUCAGUGAAACUGCCCAAAUCAUCAAGUCAGGAAAUAGAAGCUAAGGAGAUCUCCUUUGUGCUGGAUUACAUAAACCAGUCACCCAAGUGCAUUGCCUUUGGAUAUGAGGGGGAGUAUGUUGCUGCAGUGCGCGACUUUUUCUUGUCCGUCUAUUUUUUCAAAAAGAAAGCAACAUCAAGGUUUACCUUGUCGUCAUCAAAAAAUAAGAAGCAUUCUAAGAACGAUUUCACAUGUGUGGCAUGUCACCCAAAGGAAGAAUGCAUAGCCACUGGUCACAAGGAUGGCAAAAUUCGUCUUUGGAGAGACUUUCACGAAGAUAAGAAGUACACAUACACAACCUUGCACUGGCAUCACGAUGUGGUGAUGGAUCUGGCGUUCUCAGUCACAGGUACCAGUCUGCUGAGUGGAGGCCGUGAGUCUGUCCUUGUAGAGUGGCGGGACGCCAUGGAGAAGAACAAGGAGUUCCUCCCUCGUCUGGGAGCGACCAUUGAGCACAUCUCGGUGUCCCCAGCAGGGGAUUUGUUCUGCACUUCUCACUCCGAUAACAAGAUAAUAGUCAUUCACCGCAACCUUGAAGCAUCUGCAGUAAUUCAAGGCCUUGUGAAAGAUAGAAGUAUCUUCACUGGUUUGAUGGUUGACCCAAGAACCAAAGCUUUGGUUUUAAAUGGAAAGCCUGGCCACUUGCAGUUUUAUUCUCUCCAGAGUGAUAAGCAAUUAUACAAUUUAGAUAUCAUACAGCAGGAGUACAUCAGCGAUCACGGCCUGACCCAGAUCGAGCUGACCAAGGCUGCGUUUGGCUGCUACGGCAGCUGGCUCGCGACCGUGGAGCAACGGCAAGAAAGGGAAACGGACCUGGAGUUGCAGAUGAAGCUGUGGAUGUACAAUAAGAAAACACAAGGGUUUGUUCUAAACACGAAGGUCAGCAUGCCACAUGAAGACCACAUCACAGCUCUCUGCUUCUGCAACGCGGAAAAGCCUGAAACCCCCACCUUGGUUACAGCUAGUAAAGAUGGGAGAUUCAAAGUCUGGGUGCUGACGGAUGACUCGGACAUAUACAAGAAUGCUGUUGGUUGGACCUGUGACUUUGUUGGUAGUUAUCACAAAUACCAAGCUACUAACUGUUGUUUCUCUGAAGAUGACUCCUUACUAGCAGUUAGCUUUGAGGAGAUAGUUACGAUCUGGGAUUCAGAAACAUGGGAACUCAAGUGCACCUUUUGUGAACGAGCUGGAGAAAUCAGGCACCUUUGCUUUGGAAGACUGACCUGUUCAAAGUAUCUUCUUGGUGCUAUUGAAAACGGUAUUCUUUGCUGUUGGAAUCUACUCAGUUGUGCACUGGAGUGGAGUACAAAAUUAAACAUUACAGUCAUGGAACCUGAUCCUAACUCAGAAAAUGUUGCUGUGAUUUCUCAGUCUCCAGGGGGCUCAGACUUGUUUGUAUUUAAACCUAGUGAACCAAGGCCACUGUAUAUUCAAAGGAACAUCUCCAGAGAGGAAGUCCAGUGGGGUGUGUUUGUUCCACGAGAUGUUCCCGAAUCCUUCACCUCAGAAGCUUAUCAGUGGCUGAAUAGAUCCCAGCUUUACUUCUUAACAACGUCCCAGAGUUUAUUGACACUCAGUACAAAGCCUCCAGAAGAGAAGCUCACACCCACUAGCAAACAGCUACUAACAGAAGAAAGUCUUCCGACGACACCGUUCUACUUCAUAUUGGGAAAACACAGGCAGCGGCAGGAGGAGAAGUCGAAUGACACUUUGGAGAGUGAACUGAUACAACUGCCGUCAGCAGAGAACAUCCCUGCAAUCAGUGAGCUGCUUCACACUCCAGCUCAUGUGCUGCCUUCCGCCUCUUUCCUUUGCUCGAUGUUUGUGAAUUCAUUGCUGCUGUCUCAGGAGACUGAGAGUGUUGAAGAACUUCCUGAGGACGUAGAUAUGGAAGAUGAAAAACAAAGUGAUGAUUCUGAUGAAGAAACUGAUUUUACUGAAAAGGUUCAAGACACAAACAACCCAGACUUGGGAGAAGACAUUAUGCAUCAGUUGUCAAAAUCUGAAGAAAAAGAACUGAGAAGAUUCAGAAAAGUCGACUACAGCUGGAUAACUACUCUUUAGACAAGGAAGCGGUGGACGGCUUGUGCACUUUUUUUUUUUAUUGUAUGUUGAUAUUCUGAAACUAUCCAUUUUAAUGUUAUUUCUAUUCUUAAAUAUUAAAAGCUUUUGGUUUUUAAAUAGCA